AUGUGUUAUCCCAACUUCCAGAUAACGAAUAGCCAGAAUCUUCUGAAUGGAGGCGCCUAUCUGAACGGGAGUCCUUCGAAAGAAAUCGGUCAAGCAGCCUCGGGACUGAUCACGGCACCGGGCGGCGCGCACUACUAUUACUACCAGAACUCGUCUCCUCAAGUUCGUUAUCCACAAACGAUGCCUCAGAUCUACGGACAUCCCGUCACUCUACAAGUUCCUCACGGACACGGAGGAGGAGGAGGAGGAGGAGGAGGCGGUGGCGGCGGUCAUGAAAUGUCUUCUCACGCUGGACACGGCCACGGAAGCAUGGGCGGCCAUCUUUCGGAACUUUCCAAAACCAACCUUUACAUCAAAGGUCUCACCGAGAACACGACUGACCGAGACCUUUAUAAUCUGUGUACCCAGUAUGGCACGAUAAUAUCAACAAAAGCCAUAUUGAACAAAGAUACACAGAAGUGCAGGGGAUAUGGUUUUGUCGACUUCAACACAGCUUCUGAAGCCGAGAGCGCCGUGAAGGCUUUAGUUGCCCAGGGCGUCCAAGCACAGAUGGCCAAGGUGUCUCCCUCACAGAGUCCGAACAGUCAGAUCGAACCGGAUCCAACCAAUCUGUACAUAGCAAACCUGCCCGCGCACAUGAGCGAACCGGAUCUCGAGACUCUGCUCUCGGUGCAUGGCAGUGUAGUUUCAACGCGUAUUCUUCGCGAUGUUAAUAUGCAGAGCCGCGGCGUGGGUUUUGCACGGAUGGAGAGUAAGGAAAAGUGUGAGCACAUCAUCCAUCUGUUUCACGGCAAAAAGCUUUCCGGUUGCUCGGAGGGUCUUCUCGUCAAGUUCGCGGACGGGGCCAACAAGAAAAGACUUCAACAGCACGUAAUGCACGGAUACGGAGGACACGGCGGACCGAUGGGUCACCAUGGCGGCCACUUGGGUCAUCAUGGUGGCCAGCACAAUGGCAGUGGUCCUGGACAUCAUGAUCUCAAAGGAUCAACCGGUGGACAUCAUUCGCACCACAUGGGCCAUCACAAUGGCGCAGCUUCCGGGCAGCAGGGCGAGCACGGGGGCCACGGCAGACAGUGGGGCCAUCGUGGUGCUGAUGAUGCCAAUGCCCUGUAUGGAGCCGAUGGCAUGGUGUCCCAGCACUCGCCGAUCGGCAUUGUGCCAGCUGGUUUCCACGUGUCUCAAGGGCGGGCUGCCUACGGCGCCCCCCAUCCUCAGCUCAGUGGCGGCACACUGCAACUUGGAGGAGCACUCCAGUACGCGAUGCAAGCAAAUGGAAUUUAUGGUGACCCGGCACUCUUGAGUGCCUACAUGGCAGGACAGCAACAGCCUCCCGCUCCGGCACAAUACAUCAUCCAUUCAGGGCCUCACUCCGGGCCUCACGGUCCUCACGGGCCCGGUCAUCCACACGCCGGCUUCGGACCCACGGCUGCGAUUGACGGGGCAACGUUGUACGCUCAUGUUGGUGCUCUAGGACCCGCUCAGUUGGCUCAGCAAAUGCAACAGUUACAGAUUGGAAGCCCUCACGCAGGUGCCGCCGGACAUCAUCUCGUUCAGCACUACAACGCUGCCGCUGGUGAGUUCAGGAACGCAUCCUCACGGCAAUACAUGGCCGCAGCGGCCGCCAUGUUGCCUUCGAUGCAAGGCUCUACGACGAACGGCACCGACGUCGGAGGCUCCUCUGUCGACUCCGGUGUAGGCGGCGACCCGCAGACGGAAUCGGCUCAGCAACAGGUACAGGCUUUUUCGUCGGCAACCGGUAACCAGUCUUCGAACCAGUAUCCGUCGGUAAACUCGACAGCGAAUGGUGCUUCGAAUGCGGGCGGUCCAUCUGGGGGUCAGGGCGCACAGGCUCACAAGUGA